AUGGAAAGAGGAAACUACACCGGCGUCUCAGAGUUUAUCCUCUUAGGACUCUCCAGCCAGCCAGAGAGGCAGGGGCUGAUCUUCGGGAUCUUCCUUGUGAUGUACCUGAUCGGAGCAGCAGGGAACGUGCUCAUUGUCCUGGCCAUUGGCUCAGACUCUCAUCUGCACACACCCAUGUACUUCUUCCUCAGCAGCCUCUCCCUGGUGGACUUCUGCUUCAUCUCUGCCACCGUCCCCAAGAUGCUCCUGAACAUCCACACGCACACUCAGUCCAUUUCCUACGGUGGGUGCCUUGCCCAGAUCUACUUCUGCAUUUUGCUGGCCAACAUGGACAACUUCCUCCUCACAGCGAUGGCGUACGACCGCUUUGUGGCCAUCUGCCACCCGCUGCACUACUCUACUAUGAUGAGCCUCCAAACCUGUGCCCUGAUGAUAGGGGCUUCCUGGCUCAUUGCCAACUUCCAUUCCCUGCUCCACACCCUCCUCAUGGCUCGGCUGGACUUCUGUGCCGGCAAUGUCAUGCCUUACUUCUUUUGUGACCUCGUUCCCCUACUCCACCUGUCCUGUUCCAAUACUCAACUCAACCAACUCAUGAUUCUGGUGGUGGGAGGCUUGAUCGUCCUCAUUCCCUUCCUGGGCAUUCUUAUCUCCUACGUCCACAUUGUGUCUGCUGUGCUCAAGGUUCCUUCUGCUCAAGGUAAACAAAAGGCCUUUUCCACCUGCGGCUCUCACCUCACAGUAGUUAUUCUCUUCUAUGGUACCAUUACUGGGGUCUACUUGAGUCCCUCGUCCUCUCACUCAACUGAGAAGGAUUCACUGGCUUCAGUGAUGUAUAUGGUGGUGACACCGAUGCUGAAUCCAUUCAUCUAUUGCCUGAGGAACAAGGACAUGAAGGGAGCUCUAAGAAGACUGUUCAGCCUGAAAAUCUAA